GAACAUCCUAUUUGUCGGCGCCGCGACCAACUUGAACACGGAUCGCUCAGGCUGCCUUGAAGCUUGUUCCGCUCAGGCUCCUCGGACUUGGCAAUCGCAAGGCUGGCACUCUGCGAAGACGGCGUGACAGAGUAAACCAUCGACUCAUAUGGCCGACGCUCGGGGCAUCACGGUCGGGGCUUCAGGCAACGAAGAAACCGCAACAACCGGCAGGUAUGGCCCACUCCUAUCAGCAAUAUUCGAAACGAAGCCGUACGGACACCCGGAAUUCAUCACAUCCACACCGAAGCAAGCACGUAUACAUGGUGAUCCGAUUUCCGCAGAACAUGGAGAUGAUAGCGGAGACAAGGCCUCUCCUUGUGCGAAGGAAAAGAAGAGAUACGGGAAAGAAUGGUCAUCUGCGGUGCCUCGGAGCAGGAGGAACACGUCCCUCGGCUCCGUGCCAUUCAAGGCCUUCGCGUCGCCUUCUUCGUCAACGCAAUCACUCUACGUAGACAACCUCGGACCAUGGUUCUCCACAGACUCGCCCUCUCAGUCAUCCUCUCUGGACUCUCUGGCAUCCUACUACUGCUCGCGACUCGGUCCGCCUGAACGCCUCACACCGAUCAAAGCCGCAACUCCAACCCGCAAGCCGACUAUAUGCGACGUCAAAUCCGCUAAACUGCCUCGCGAAGGAUUACCUGUGCUCUCCGGAGACAACGUCAAGCUCCCGACGCCCGCUAGCCUCCCGAGCACGACAUCCGACCCAGAUCUUCGCUUCUACAACGAGCUCUCGACGCCGACACGCCUCAAGUCCGCUCCCAUCUGGGACAAGCUAGAGAAGCGCCACCAAGGCAGCGGCGGCCACAGCAGGUCGCACUCUCUCGCCUCGCCCCCGUCCAGCUCUCUCAGGCGACGCCAGACCACCCGGCGCCACGCGAUCUACGGGGGCACCGGGUUGCCUGGGAUACCCGUGCCGUUCGACGACCCAGAGCAGACGAGGGUCAACCCCGCGCGCGCUACGAUUGCCUCGUUCGAUUCAACCAAGGCUGUCUGCGCCAUCAGCGAGACGUCGUUCUCGGAUUGCGAGACGGAGAGCCCUAGGAAGGACGUGGGCUGCCUCGCUGCGAGAUUCGCUUCUGUUUCUGCCUCCGAGUCUGGGUCGCCGACGAAGCCGCUGCUGACCACCCCCAUCCGCGUCCGCCGGUUCUUCGAUCCCUCUGAGGAUGACUCGGACUUGCCUGCCUACGACAUGUCGAUUACUGCUGUCUCCUCAAGUUCCUACGACGAUCUUGACCUGCCUAGCCCUGUGAAGAAUGUGAAGAAGAGAACAUCGUCUGUAUCGCCCUUGAAAUUUCGAAGAGGAGACAAGUCGAAGGCUCUGAAGCAGCCUACCAAGGGAUCCGCAAGUCUCAAGAUGAACCAUGGCACGAGCAAGCUAGACGUCUUCGACCAUCUCCCGAUUAUGCGCGAACUGUUGGACCUGGUGGACGAGGCGACGAAGAGCUGGGACAGUUCCGGGAGUUUUUGAGACGACAAGGAUUCGUAGACGUGCGUUGGGCCAAUACUGUAACAUCACUCGAUUUGUAUUGUAUUCGUAUUUGUGAUUACUGGAAUCCUGUGAGACUAUGCAAUAGCGCGAUAUAUAGGUCAGAGCUGACGAUUGACGACAGAUAAUACGGUUCGGUAAAGCGCCUCAUCCAUACGAACACUUUUGCACCUACCGAGACGUUGAAUCACCAAUCCUCUUCUGGGUCGUCAACGAUAUCCAACGGCGGCCAGAACCCCUCCACCUCCACCUCUUCCUCACCCUCUUCCUCGCCCUCACCUGUUCUCCGCUUCGGCCGUCUGCCAGCGGCCUUCAGCGCCGAGACCGCCUUCC